GCAGAAUGACAUGACAUUAUAUUUAAUCAUUUCAAUAUUAAAUGUAAAUAAAUAAUAUAAUAUUUAAAUUACUUAGAGUGAAAACAUGGCUGGCCGAAACCCAAACUCGCUAGAAACAAUACUUCCUAACGAAAACAGAGAUGUACAAAGUCAGUGGUCGGUAGUGAUGUCUACCACGCACAUACCAGGGAUGGACAACGCGGCGGGAGGAGGUGGUGCUGUGGGGCCCGUAGGUCGUCGCUACCUGCGCUCUGGGGCCCUGGCGCUCGGAGGAUUCCUAACAAUGCAGUGUCGUGUUGCUGCAUCAGCACUUACUGGAGGAUUUUUUCUGUUUAUAUUGUUCUUUGUUUCUGCGACUGCCGCACUGGCCAAUCCAAUGCGUCACUUUGAAGUGUAUCUUGGCCAAUGGAGUAUCAGUGGACCUGGACGUGCAUUCCGCAUAAUUCCAAUAUUUGAUGGCAUUGGAAUCGCAAUAUGUAUUAAUAGUCUAGUGCGUGCAGUCAAUUGUUGUACGAUUGCGGCCAUAUCUGUAAUUUAUGUCGUGCAUUCGGUUUCCGACUCGAAGCUGCCCUACACAUACUGCAGAGAUUUUGAUUUGAAGCCUUACGAUCCGAUAGUACGGGAUGUCUCAAAUCUUACACUUAGAGAGUUCAGAUUUUCCCUCGCAACCGGUGAAAUUGGAGAUGAUGAACUGAUGGAUGGAACCGCAAACGGAGAUGAAUUACAUAAUAUGAGGGGUCUGGAUGCUGCCAAGCCAAAACAUCUUACACAUAAAAUAAUGUUGUGUAAAGAGGAAUACAGUUCUGGUUAUCCAGUGUUAUAUAGUACUCCAGCAUAUAAUUUUUUCUACGUGGAAGUUGUUUCCUAUCGUUCGGAACAUAACUUCGGACAGUUCAAUAUGCCGUUGGUGUUAAGCAUAAUAUUCGUCUGGCUAACGCUGUGGGGCAUAAUAAUAAGUGAGCGCUGGUCUUAUGGACGACUUAUAUGGAAUAAUAUGUACUCUUGGCUAGUAAUAAUACCCUGGCUUUGGUCAAUACUCCUGCUUAUCAUCUCUGUAUUGAAGUUUUGUACAUUAUCUAAAGAUAUUCGUAAAGUAUAUCGGAUCGGAGUCAAGGAGAUAGUAUGGGGUAUUGCGGAUGCGCUGGAAGUCGCUCUUUUCGUGCAUUCAGCAAGCACUGGCACUGAAUUAAUUCAUGGAAAAGGACUAAAUCAUUACGCAUCUGGUCACAUAGACCCGGCGCUGAAUGGUGAGAACGUGUGGCACAGCGGAUUGCUAGUGGUAUUGACUGGUCUACAUUCGUCCGGCGCGGCUGUGUGUGCCCUCGUCGACUACAUACAGCCCAACACCAAAGCUGUCUACAACAUGUACGAGAGCACACUUUGGAUGAUACCAAUGUAUUCGAAAUGUAUGCUGGUAGGAAACUAUUCCCAUUUUCUGUCAGCAUUGAUAUUUGGCGGUUUGUCUAUGUCAUACAUGAUCGUUGCCUAUACAUGUUUGAAAACAGCCUUACAUACGAUAUUCGAGUACAACGUAAAACUAGUUUUUGCAGAACAAAUAGUUGUUGCUGGAACAGUGUUGAGCUGUUUUGGUCUUAGCUUAGUGUACACCACGACGGGUGGCAUAGCUUUACUGGAGAGUGUGGACGCAAUAAUGACGGGUGUCACAAUGCCUCUCAUCUGCUUGUUGGAGCUCGUGGCGAUACUCUACCUGUACCGCAGCCCCGACUUCAUAUCCGACAUGAACAUCGCAACAGAGGAAAACGCAUGCUCUACUCGACUUCAGACUCAGUGGCAGAUUAUGCCUAUCAUAACUUGUAUAGCGUUGGUGCUAAAGGCCAUAGCGCUGAGCUUCGCCGAGAUGCCGCAGGUGUUCGUGGUGGCAGCACUGGUGCCGUUGGUCGCCGUGCUACUGAGCGUGCCGCUGAAGGCCGCUCACAAUGCCUACAAGUGCUACAAGAGGGCGCAACGUAACCGGACAUAGCGAGGAUUAAUUAAACA